AUGGGGGACUUAUCCCCUAACCUCCCCCUACCUCGGUCGCUUCUCCGCAACCAUUGGUCCAAUACACUACAGGCAUACCCACCCUUCGCUUCUCCCCUCUCUUCUUCCAAAAAGGAACAAAGCUUCAAACGCUACAACCGUCGACAGCGGGUAGCGGGCGGGUAAGGUAGCGGAACAGCACCCUCACCUUCCUACCUUGACUUUCUCUCUUUCUUCUGUCCCGUUUCUCUUUUUUGGGUAUCUUGCUUGAUUGGCCUUUUUUUCUUUUCUUAUCGCGCGUAAGCGUAUCGUAUCGUAUUUUGCGGAUCCCCCUUUGGUCCUUCUCUCUCUCUCGUCCUUUCGCUUCGCGCAGGAGCACAAGUCCUGCGGGUACGGGCCGUUUGAUUCCUCUUCU